AUGAGUCUCCCAAUAUGGAGUGAGAGCAGUGAUAGGGGCUCUCAAACAGAUAACACUGUUGAAAUUAGUGACAUCGAGGCGCAGACAAAUAUCUCUGAAAAGAGGUCAGAGCCAAGUUUACCUUUGUCGAUGGGAGAAGGGAAAGCUUUCCCUCCACUAUUACCAGAUGAAGAUGAUUAUAUCGUCACAUUCGACGGCCCGGACGACCCGGAACAUCCCUUUAACUGGAGCUUCCCGGUGAAGCUCUAUACCUCAGUCAUGGUGUGCUUUGGCACAUUUAUCUCAUCAUUCGCUAGCGCUGUGUUCGCCCCAGGAACCGCUGGGGUAGCAAAGGCGUUUGGAGUGAGUACCGAGGUGGGGAUCCUUGGUACGACUCUAUUUGUCCUCGGGUUUGCAUCUGGCCCAUUGAUUUGGGCGCCUUCUUCUGAGCUGAUAGGUAGGCGAUUACCUCUGACCGUGGGUAUGUUCGGUGUUGCGGUGUUCAGCAUUGCAUCGGCUGUCGCGAAAGAUAUCCAAACUGUCAUCAUCUGUCGCUUCUUUGCUGGACUAUUUGGCGCCAGUCAACUCUCGGUAGUUCCAGCCGUGCUAUCAGACCUCUUCAACAAUAUCCAUCGUGGACCCGCUAUCACUGUUUACUCGCUCGCUGUGUUUGUAGGCCCUUUCAGCGGCCCGUUUAUUGGCGGAUUCAUCUCCUCUAGCUUCCUCGGCUGGCGAUGGACACUCUAUAUUCCAGCCUUCAUGGGUUUCGCAUGUUGCAGUGUAUUUAUACUCUUCCUGAAAGAAACCUAUGCUCCAUGCCUCCUCAUCUCAAAGGCAGAAGCUCUCCGUCAACAGACCUCCAACUGGGGGAUCCAUGCUAAGCAAGAAGUGGUUAAAGUUGACUUUCAGGAGUUGCUUGAAAAGUAUUUUACGCGGCCAUUGCGAAUGUUGAUCACCGAGCCGAUUAUCCUGGUUGUCUCCCUCUACAUGUCCUUCAUCUACGGACUCGUGUACGCCCUGCUGGUAGCCUAUCCCUACGUAUUCGAGUCAGUCUAUGGAAUGAAUCCCGGACUCAGCGGCCUCACCUUUUUUGGGCUUAUCAUUGGCCAAGUGUUAGCAUGCGGAUUUGUUCUGUCUCAGCAGUCCAUCUACGUGAAAAAGUUGAUAGCGAACAAAAACGUACCUGUCCCUGAGUGGCGGUUGCCGCCUGCUAUUGUCGGUGCCCCGAUUUUCACCGUGGGAGUAUUUUGGUUCAGCUGGACUGGCUUUACUUCGACAAUUCACUGGCUUGCUCCCACUGCUUCGGGUGUUCUGAUCGGGUUUGGCAUCUUGUGUAUCUUCCUUCCCUGUUUCAACUACCUGGUUGAUUCAUACCUGCCGCUCGCCGCAUCUACUGUUGCUGCGAACAUUAUUCUCCGAUCUAGCGUCGCCGCCGGCUUUCCACUGUUUGCCAAGCAGAUGUUCAAGAAUCUCGGGGUGCAGUGGGCGGGCACUCUGAUAGGAUGUUUGGCGGCCAUUAUGAUCCCGAUCCCGGUGGUAUUUAAGAAAUAUGGGCCACGGUUAAGGGGGAAUUGGGGCUAUGAUUGUUACUACCAAAAUGAGCGUCGAAUGAAACCAAAGUCCACUGGGAUAAUGGUAGAUCCUCCUGCCAUCCCUGGGCCAAGUCCUGAGCAUGCGGGCUCUUACACUGAGUCAUUGGAAGCGAACUCGGGUGCGGCGUUUGUCAGAAAGAUUGGUCUCAAGAUGGACCCGGCAAAUGCGCCCAAAUUGAAUCUCUUCGGCUGGAACGUGGGUAGACGUAACCCCCCUUCCGGUCUAGCUACUGGCACGGUUUUAGCCGUACCUAUCGUCGAUAUUCUCUCGCUGAACCAUAUGAAGACCCUGGCCAAUGUCUACUUUGCUAAGGUAGAUCCAUGCUAUGGUUUCAUUGAUUCUGCGAUGUUCUUUCGGCGUUUGGAGGUCCGUUGGCAGUCAUCUGCAGAGGGCGAUUCAUAUGACGGCGUGCUCGCAGGAGUUGCUGCUCUUGGGGCGCUCUUCUCCGAGAUUACUAUCAACAUUACUGAAGCCCACCUAGUAGAAUUGACGCGCUCCAUCACAGACACACACAUUGGGUCUGCAGCCCCAUCAGUAGAAGUGGUGACCGCGUGGGCACUCCGGGUGAUUUAUAUGCGCAUGACGGCACCGCCAUACCCAACUUGGAUUGCAAGUUCCACGUUGAUGCAUCUAAUCGAAGCCUCCAAGCUUCACCAAAGCUUCUCAUGCGACUUAUAUGAUCUCGACACUCGGCAACGGUUGAUUGGAGUCGCCCAACAUUUGAAUCUCUGGAUCUCGUACGACUUGGGCCUCUCCAGGGUUUCGUUCCCCCACGAGGCGGUAGCACUGCCCUCGCCAAGACCUGGAGAUUUCACAGUAGAACUUCUCGGUCUCUUGCCGCUUUCCACCAGCCUGGGGCCUGAGAAUCGACGACAAGACGAAGAGAUCGAGGAAUUCCUGCUGCAGACGUUAAGCCGUAACCACACUCAACCACCAUCUAUUCUCGCUCAAUGUAAUCUGGUCCUCUGUCUUCUCCGGCGCUUACAUAUGAGAAACCUCAUGACCUCCCCCGCUACAAUGGAGCGAGUUGUGGAGCAACUGAAGCGAAGCCUCGGUGCUGCGCGUCGUAUGGCUUCGGAUUGUUCCCCGUGGCAACAUGUGGCCAAUGUGCCAUUUCAAAUGAUUAGUAUUCUUCUUGAGAUGGAUACGAGUGCAGCAUUGGAGCUUCUGCCGGAAGCGAUGCAGACUCUGAAACUUGUUUCUGCCACCUACGACACCGAAAGUAUGAGAGAGGCGUAUGGGACCGCGCGUCUACUCAUUCUUCUCUACCAGCGCCGCCGGCGUUCGGACACUAGGUUGCUCAGCGGGCUGUUAGAAGAUCAUCACGAACCAUCCACCACUGAGUCACCGAUUCAGCCGAUGAUUCCCACGUCUGACGAAGUAUCAUGGUUGGAGGGAUUGGUCGCAGACGUACCGAGCUUGCACGGCCUCGACUUCGCUGGUGACAACGCCAUCCGCGCUAUCCUUGUCCUCAUGCAAGUGUCACCUACCUAGUGAGUAACACUAGGUGUAUUCAGCGAAUCAAACACCUCUGCAACCUGAAAGACGUUCUAUGAGAGGACACGCGACGCGACAGCCCGGAUGUUAUCAUAAAGUCAAAGCCAAGGAUACAGAAAUUCCAAGCGCAGACCCGUUCCCGAUAUUCAUCGUUCCUCGCCACUCUCUGGUCCGCUCUUGUCGUCCAGGUACAGGACCAGCUACUGUGACAGACGUGAACACAUAUAUUGGUAAUCAUGAACGAUCGAGCUUUCCAUUCCAAUUCCUCUCACAUCGAUACCCAGAAAAGCGACAUCAACACAUCUGUACAGUGAGUUGUGCUGGAAACCAACAUUACGCAAAAUAACCUAAUUAACUUAAGUUCUAUAUCACACGAUCAAUGUGCU